AUGGAGUUCUUUCUGCGUAAAGCUGGACACCCGAACCUGCAGGUGCGGACGGUGCCUGAUGGGCCCGUGGCUGAAUUUCCCAUCCCCAGCGUCACCCAGGAAGAUGGAGGGAGCUACACCUGUGACUAUCACUCAAUAACAGAUCAGAGUCACUGGUUGUAUCUGAGUGACCCCGUCAAGAUCAUUGUAGCAGGCUCGGUGGAGCUCACCACUGGGGUGUUGGUGGCACCACUGACGGGCCCCCACUGCCCCAUCAUGGUGUCUGCUCUGACCAUCCUCCUCCUCGGCUGCUGGCUGGCCGGGCACAGCUGGGCGAGGGGAGAGCCCAGCUACCCCAAACCCAACAUCUCCCUGCUGAGCCCAAGCUGGGGGGUCUCCCUGGGGGGAGCCGUGACCGUCCAGUGUUGCGGCCAGCACGAGAGCCUGCAGUUCGUGCUGAAUAAAGAGGGACGCCAUGUCCAAACUGUGAAUUCGGACUUUCUCGCUCUGUUUCUCAUCAACAACUUGAGCCGGGAGGACGGCGGGAGCUACAACUGCUCCUAUCACAGCCAAUCGAAGCCGUUCACCGUGUCGGACCCUAGUGACCCUGUGGAGCUGGUGGUGAGAGAUCCCAGCUUACCCAGACCCUCCAUCUCUCUGAGCCCCACUUGGGUCACGGCCCCAGGAGCAAACGUCACCAUCCGGUGUCAGGGGCAGCGCGGGGACGUGAGGUUCUUCCUGCACAAGGCUGGAGACCUGAACCCGCAGCAACACAUGGGCCCUGCUGGGAACAUGGCCGAGUUCCACAUCCUCAACGUGAGCCGGCAGCACGGCGGGAACUACAGCUGCAGCUACCGGCCCCAGUCACAGCCCUUCGUCUCCUCGCUGCCCAGCAACACCGUCGACAUCUUUGCAGCAGGUGAAGGGUCCAGCUCAGUGUCCCGGCUCCCAGCCCCACCCCCAGCCGGACCCACAGGGGGUCUCUGCACUGAUGGGACUCUCAGAACCAGGGUCUGCCCUGAGCCCUGGGCCCGGCAGAGGGGACACAGUGUCGUGGAUCUGGGAUGCUGGAUCGGGACCUCUGACUUGGCCCAUCAUCGCUGGGGCGAGCGCAGCAGCCGCCGGCCUCCUCCUGCUUCUCCUCCUUGUGGCCUUCGUCUGUUUCAGAAAAAUCCGAGCCAGUAA